AUGGACUGUCCAAUACUUGUUUGGAUGCUCUUUCUUAACAGAGAAAUGACGCCAGAGGAGUAUGAGAGAUGUUAUCAAACAAUGCGCCAAUGCGCCAGCCACGCACAAGUACCGUAUGCACCCGCAAAUUGUUUCCUUUUAGGACAAGUCAUCGCUCACCUGUUGCCGUGCUUGAUGAUGAGGCAUCGACGAAUACCACGAGCCCGCUGGAGAGAUCGGGUCAGCCCAUCGGGAAAGCGUUAUAUCGAGCAGGACGUCGAUACAACGGCAAACCCCACGCAACGGCUGCGUGCGAUGAUCGGAUAUCACCUAGCCUACGACAACAACCUCGUGGGCAUGGUCAUGACGCAGGGGCAAAUGAAGGAUGUGAUCAACAUCGGGCUUGGGGUUAAGCAGCUUUCAGUAACCCCCUCAGACGUGUCAGCCAGUACGUACGCGGAGUCUCUUCACCACAGACUCACCCCACUUGAACUGACGUUCGUUGCGCCAUCUUUGGGUGACGAGGUCGUUCUGCGGCGACUAUGUCUGCUACUUGCGCUCAAGCAGGCAUAUAUAAAGGCAAUUGGGCAGCCGCUCGGUUUUGACUGGGCACGACUUGAGUUUGAUAUUCCAAAGGAGAAGGUGACUGGGGACGGCAUACCCUUGCAGGGAUGGGAGUUCAGGGUGUGGCAGGCACAGAUUGGCAUCGAGCGCAACGGCGAGGUCGUCGAGGAAUCGUAUCAGUGCGCCCUGGCGUUCUUCCGUGGCACACGGGAGAGCCAUUUUAUCUGGCACAAAGAGCGCGAGAAGCUGGAGUCUUGGGUGCAGUUCAUCAACCUGGACCAAUUGAUCAACGUAGUGCCGAAGUUGAUGGACUGA